UGAGAGCGCGCAAUACUAUCUUGAAAAACAUCCGAAGAGCAAGAAGCACAUCAGACUCUCCACGCGCUCCUGCACCAGCCGGACAAUCUGAAGAUGAGCACAGCAAAAAUAAUGACCUUCCCCGCUCUUCUCAUGCUUCUCUACUUUCCCAGCUCAGAUCCUGUUUCUGUGACGACAAGCAAAGCUAAAGUGGAGGUACAUGAAAACACAAACGCUGUCCUCUCCUGUGAGUUCAGGACAGAGAAAGACACAAACCCACGUGUUGAAUGGAAGAAAAGAGGCAAAGAUGUUUCGUAUGUUUAUUUUGAUGGGGAUUUUACAGGUUCCUUUAAGAGCCGUGCAUCCAUCAAUGGGGCAACAAUGACCCUUCAUGGUGUUACACAGAAAGACUCAGGAGUGUAUCAUUGUGAAGUCACAGCCCGUCAGGACAAGAUCAAGCUGGGGGAAGUCACUGUCACCCUCAAUGUUCUUGUGCCGCCACAUGCACCUUCAUGUGAGGUUCCAGAAACAGUCAUGACAGGAUUUUCUGCGGAGCUCCGCUGUAAAGACAAACUGAGUGUUCCUGCUGCCACCUACAGCUGGUACAAAGACAACAAACCACUUCACACCGCCAGUCUCCCUGAAAUCAAGUACACCCUGGACCCCAAAACAGGGACUCUGAAGUUCAAGGCGGUGUCAAAAUCGGAUGAGGGUCAGUAUCGAUGUGAGGCUUCCAAUGGGGUGGGGGCACCCAAAAGUUGUGCAGGACGGCAAAUGAAGAUAACUGAAUUUGAGCUGAACAUGACAAUAGUUAUAGCCAUAGAAGUGGGAGCCUUCCUGGUCCUCCUCUCAUGCUGUGUUGCCAUCUGUCUGUGCUGCAGAAGAGGGUGCUGUCGUUGCUGCCGCAAGAAUAAAAGAGAGACUAAACAAAGGACAAAGACCAGCUAUAACCCUCCAGAUCCGAGACGCUACAAACAUACACAGUCCUUUGUACUAUGAAGAACGUGCACAUACUACAUAGCGCUGUGCUAAAAGAAGUGAAUUUAAGUGACCUCAAAGCCUAGAGAACCAUAUCUUACAUCAAGUGCACUUGUAUAUAUAUCAAUGAUUUGGUCUGAUGUCCUAUCAGAGCAGAAAACAUGCCCCCUGGUGUUGAGGUCCAUACACCACAUUAUGGUAUGAUUUCUGCCGUUUCAUUUGAACUACUUUAAAAAGCUUUUUAUUUUUCAAUUCAAGAGUAUUCAUUUAUUUUUAGAUACCAUGUAGUAUUCUAAUAGUCUCAUAUCUGUUUGACUUCUCACAACCUAGAGUAGAGACUGUAAAAGUUGCACUAUUUCAUUUUAUUAUGGUUUCAAUCAUCAAGCCACUGAGCAGAGGCCCAACUACAGAUGUGAUGGUCCACUUGAUUUCAGCGGAAACGAGCUUGACUUGUCUCAGGAUGUCUCUAAAGUAUUUUAUUCAUCAUACAAUCAAUGUUUAGUAGAAAUAGAUCAUAAGCACCUUGACUUGUUUCUAAAGGUCUAAUCAGAAGUAUCGUCUGUGUUUUAAUGAUGGGUAUUUCUCAAUGAUAUUGCAUUUGUUUAUUAAAGGAAUAGUUCACGCAAAAAGAUUUGAUGUUCUAUGACAUUUAUGAAAAUAUAUUUUAUGUUCCACAGAAGAAACAAAGCUAUACAGGUAAUACUGAACGACAUUUAAGUGUAUAAAUGACAUUUUUUUAUUUUCAU